AUGAGUAAAUUUAUUUUAGAAAUUUCUCAGCAAAGGAACUUUAAUAGCUUUGUUAAGGCUGAUGAUAUAAGAAAAAGGGCUAAUGAUUUAAAUGAAGAAUUUGGUUCUAUUGUGCAAUUUCUGAAAUUUUCUUUAAUUGCUGAUCUUAGGUGUCUAAGAACUAUUGAUAAAAAAGGUUUUCAAAAUGGAUUGCCUACUAUUGAAGAGAGUGAAAUUCAGAGAGACGGAGUAAAGCCUUUCGAGAAUUUUUAA